CCUGGGUUGGAGAGCGACAUUGGGGAGGAGGUGGUGAGGGGUGAUGAUCGGCGCGUUAGUAGGGCAGGAGUGCGACACUAGUGCCAGACCGCCAGUGGUGGUGCCGAGCGAGCCCCGCGAUGCCUUGCUGCCAGUCAGUGAGUCCGCUGAGUGAGGCAGCAGGGGAGCGUGUGCGCCAGUGGCUGCUAUGUUGCCUUUGUCACCAACCGGGGCCUCAGGAACGGCAAGCGGUGCGGCGCCACGUGCUGACAGCACUGGCUCCUCGGCCGCGCCAGGAUUUGCUCUCCCAUGUGCUUGCGUCUCCGGAGGUGGUGAUGGAUAACAAGUGCCAGCUGGUGGAGAUUUUGGGGGACGUCACCACCCGCUCCGUCGAUCUCAUCCCCGGGGGACCGCUUUUCGUGGAGGAAGUGUUCCACCUGUACCGCUCCCUCACCAUGGCGGCUGUUAUCAACCUGACCCGCCUGGGCAUAGUGUGCGACGUCCGCUCUAUCGCCGACCGCCGCUAUGUGCCGGACAUAAACGUCACCUUCUACCGCCUCAUGGGCCACAUGCGGCACCUGGUGUGGGUUACGCUGGCUGGCGUGGCGGACGGCACCAUCCUGGCCCACCUGGGGGCCAACUGCCACGCCUUGGAGUAUCUAGAUGUGUCCGGCUCUCCGCGAGUGGAUGACGUUGGGGUGGCCAAGUUGCUGCUGCAGGGGAGGAUGAAUCUGCGAGACCUCCACCACUUGGCCCAUGCCCCCCUACCGCCCACCUCCCCGUGCUGCGCCACGCUCACCUACCUGGGAGUGACACGGACAGAGACUAGUUCCGCCAGUAUUGUUCUGCUGCUGCGCUGCUUGCGGCAGGUCACCUCUCUGGGGGGUUUCGUUAAUGAUGGCUCCCUCCUGGAGGUGCUGAAGUUGCUCAAGAAUGGCAAAGCUGCUGAGUGGCCCACCAGCCUCUCCGAGGUGUCGGAGGCCCGCAUAUUGCCUCACCAAGUGCCCUUACUCGUCGCUGCUUGUCCGGGCCUCACCACCCUCGUCACAGAGGAGACUUCCGUCCCAGCCUUGUCUCUACUGCCGUCUCUACAGUCCCUCACAGUGGACCUUCAGCUACGCGGCGAGUCUGGACCGCUCUACGAUAUGGUGGAGGUACGUGGCUCUGCUCUAACUCACCUUCGGCUGGAGAACAGCAUCAACUGCCCCUUGGAACUGACCUACCUAAUGGACGCCGCGCCUCACCUGCAUCACUUGGAAGCCCGUCUUUACCUUGGGGAAGGCUGCGUGGUGACGGGCUGGGCCUCGCUGGCCAGCGCUAAGAUCGGCGUGACCACCUGUAAAGGCGUGGUGGCCCUGCUCACCCACACGCCAGCGCUGCGCCGCCUCACGCUGUCCCUCGAUCCGGAGCCGUACACGGAGACAUGGAGAGACCUGAACGACGCGGUGCUGGAGCAGGUGGUUGGCGGGGGAGGACUUGGCGCCGUGGAGGAGCUGGUGGUGACUGACUGUGGGGCUACGGUGACGGGGCUGCAGCUGCUGAUGCUUCACUGCCAACACCUGGCACUGGUGGCGUCGCUCAUCAACUGGCCCGCCAUCACGCUGGCUGACCUGCAUCUGCUGAGGGAGCAGAUUGCCUGCAACAAUUGGUGCCUUGACCUGCAGCUGCGUCUAGCUGCCCCGCUGAAACCUCUGUUCUAAUAGUAGGUUUUGGCCUUCCAUGCCGCUGCCACCCAACGCUCAGUGACAGGCGCCUCCCAUCACACCCUCGCCCCGCUCCCCCAUGUUGUGGCGUCCAGCAUGGGGAGCCCAGCGGUGAGGGAGGGGUGGAGGGAAAGCGCCUCGUCGCCCGUUAGUCAUCACUGCGAUUACGUCCUUGACUCACUGCCAAUUGCGUUUGACAUCACUUUAUUCUUGUGAGACACUGCUACUGCAGACGCUGCGUGCAUACAACAGCAGUCGUGUGAGGCACUGCUGCUAGGCCUCAGAAAGAGGAAAUGUAAAAUAUUUGUUUCCUGGUUUUAGACAAGUGUUGUUUACGGUAACUUUCAAAAUUGUUGAGAGUUUACUCGCAGCAUACGUCCUCCGCUUAGAUCAAGACUGUAGCCUACACCUUAGAUCAGUGGUUCCCAACCAGGGGUUCAUGGACCCCAAGGGAUCCACAGAAUUUCAAGGGGUCCAUAGAGAUUCUGAUUACUUAUAAAUUUAUUAUACUGGAAUUAGGAGACAUGCGGCUCGGAAUAAAAAUCAUUCUGCAGUACACAAUCCUUAAAACUGAAAGCAUAAAUGCUAGAAUUGCUCUACAAUAACUAACGGUACCAGGGGUGUCAAACUCGCGACCCAGGUGGGGUAGGGGGGUGGGGGGGGAGGGUCCACAGGUGAAAAAGUGACUGGAAAAGGGGGAACGAACAAAAAAGGUUGGGAACCACUGCCUUAGACGCAUGCUGAUAAUACCACCUCCACCACCAUCACAAACACCACCACGUCACCACCAACAGUAGCAACAGGAACAACAACAGCAACAGGAACAACAACGAUAUAAACAAAAACAACAGCAAUAACAAUAGUAGCAGCAGCUGUUUCACUAUAGCCUGAGUGUUUCCUGUAGAGGACUGUUCACCACAAGAACCGUAUCAGUACUGUGUGAUGCUAUUGUAACAUUUAAGUACUGUAACCCGGGCUUCAAGGAGUGUUAUUACCGCGGGCUGUGUGUGUGUGUGCGUGUGUGUGUUUUUGCAGUCCAGGACUGUUUGACUGUGAUAGAUAUCAGCUUUUCCCGUAGUCAGUCAGUAGACAGUUUUGUAAAUAGAUGAUAUAAGUUAUUUUUUCUAUUGUUUUGCAGUCCCGUGAUGUGAAUUUAAUGAUCCGUCACUAAUAAAUCAAAUAAAUACGUCCUCUUGUAUUGUAAUACCCUUUGCUGCUUCAAAUAUUGGGUUCAGAAGCCAAUGCCACUUACUACCAUUGUGAGUGGCUGGACUAAUGGUACAAGGAACCACAGAGAACCAUUCAAGUGAUGGAGAGGCUCAGGAUUAUUACUACUACUACUACUUUUUUUUUUUUUUUUUUUUUUACAUCCCCGCCUAUAGCGCCGUUAGGCUUUCUUCAGGGGCCAGAUGGUUGGCCCAAGCCCGUCAUGGCACAGGCAAUUUUUAUAGCGGCGCCAGUUAUGCUUGGGUCAUGCUGCCCCCCGGAACUCAUUCUUCAUUCACUGGACGGUUUCUUCUUGAGUUCGGGUUGAUGGGUGGUCUUCUGGACAGCAUGUGGGUAGUCUUUGGCCACUCGGCGGUGACUGAAAAAUCCGAGGUGGUAACGUGGGGAUUCGAACCGACGUUGUCCAUGGCGUCGUGAAUGUGAGCCCAGCACGCUAACUACUCAGCCACCGCCUAUACUACUACUACUACUACUACUACUACUACUACUACUACUACUACUACUACUACUACUACUACUACUACUACUACUACUACUACUACUACUACUACUACUACUACAUGUAAAAGAUACCUUCACCCAUGUUUAUUUUUCACGGCAUAUAAUCAGAAGGGCUCCAUAAAUUGGAGGUCAUUAGCCCCAACUCUGUUCGCUAAUGACUGUGGCAUCCAACCAUAUCACUAAUACUACUUAGCACUAAAUCCAUACAUGACACCUUAUCAUCUAUUGCGUCUAAAUCUCCCUUUCCUUCCCUACUCAUGUCGCUCCCGACUCACCCUAAUGUCACUCUCAAGCACUGUGGCCUCAUAGUCCAUAUUAUAAAUGUUGGCUUUUGGGCCAGAGUGUCUAGUGCCCCUGAGACAUAGGAUGGCCGACCUGAGGAGGAAGAACUAGAGGCGACACCUCAUCCAGGCGACAACGUGGCUCCUUUGCUGAUGCUUCUUUUCUGCAGUUCCACGAGUCGUGCGUAGAAGCAUCGGGCCCUGGGACCCAUCCCGCCGGAUGUGGUGAAGACGAGGGGGGUGGAUCCACAUGCUGGAUUCUUUCACCGUAUGCCCUCGUCUUCUCCUGCUCGUUCCUGUGGUGGGCGGCUUCCAGGGGCAGCUCGUGGUAACAGGCAGCCAUCGGGUUGAAUAUGCGGAUGUCCAUGAAUGCCCUCUGUCUCCGCACCCAGAAUCCGCGGGCAUUUACAUCAACCGUGCCUCGUGUGAAGUAUUGGCCGUCCUGUAUCUAAGGUGUUCGCCGUCCAGGGGAAGCAGUGCCGGCUCGGUAGUGACGUCUUGGCAUACCUCCCCGAGCAUGCUGGCUGUCAGAUCCCUCACCUCAUCGUGUCGGAUACGGACGAACCCUCCCUUCUUGCAUGUCAUGGUGUGAGUGACAUCAUUCGGUGAUCCACAUGCACAAAGUACAGCAGCCCCUCAAUCGGCCAGCCAUACCUCAGAGCAAUGGCGUCGACAAAUUCUUGUUUGUUGAGGCUGAAGUCUUUUGCUCUGAUUGGUAGCGACGUUAGCCAGUUAGAGGCGCCUGCCUCCUGUGCUGCCACAUUUCUGUGGAUAGGUUGUGUUAAAUGGUUCAGCUCGUCCUUUUGGGCCUGGUGUCUUUCUUCUGAGAUUCUUCUUUUAAUUUCUCUUAUUUCACUUUGGUCUAUUUCGCCGUCUACCUCCUGAGCGAUGAUCCUGUUGAUGAGGGAUCUGGUAAGGCUGAUGGAGUUUUGGUUCUCCUUAUCAGCCAGCUUCUCAGGGUUGGUAAUCCCCAUUCCUCCCAGUCUUGGAGGAAGUGCUAGCAUAUCCCUCUCUUCCUCCCCCAAAGCAUGAGAUUUCACCAGCGCCGGUAGGAAUACAUUCUUGACGGCAUUCUCUAGUGGUCGGAGGAGUGGACUGAUGCCGGGGAUGGUUCGCAUCACGAACGUCCACCGAUGUUGGAUGCCGUGGGUGUACGCUGAAUAGGCAGCGCGUGGCUCAGUCUUAACAAUGGCAGACGAAGCUUAUACUUCCUUCACCCAUUCAGCUACUUUGUCUCCUACGUACUCCUUCUUACACAUCUCUGUGCCGAUCACUGCACCUAAGUGUUGUUGUCCGUCCUUUGUCACAAUGACUCCACUUCCACUAAAAGUUUCUCCGGCACGGUCAUAAUGUUCAGGUUUGACAAUAAGGACAGACUUGGUGGCGUCAGAGAUGUAGGCCUAUCCUAUCUCAGGGCCGGCGGCGUUCACAAGGUCCCACCACCCUCUUAAGUCUGAGAUUUUACCAGCACCUGAGAGGUCAUCCGCAUAAGCCACCUGUUUCACCCUUAUUUCUGGGUACGCGAUUUCAUUUUGGAAGACUGAUGGCCCAGGGCGUACAUAGCCAUGGCUACUGGGUAACCUUGUGUUGCUCCCUCUGACGAUUUAACACUUUCACUUCUCCACUGUGGUUAUUUAUGUAUAAGUCGGUCGGGUAUGUAUAUGUAUUUUCAACAUACAUAGCCAAGCUAGGGCACUUGAUUUUAAUGUUGUGUAUCAUUGUCUUUCUAUUUAUUGUGUUGAAGGCGUUCUUGGCGUCAACAAAAAGCACUGCUUCGCACUCCACGUGAUCAAAUAUCUCCCGCAUGGCAUGGACGGCUGCUUCUCCUCCUGCCUGCUGCCCCGAACAAACUUGGAAGUUCCCUGCUGCCCUUCUCACAUUUUCUUUGACGACAGCCAUGAUGCAUUUGCCCACGAUGCGCCACAGGACUUCUCCUACUCCUAUAGGCCUGCAUCCCGGCCUCUUGUCCAGAGGAAUGAGGCGGCAUGCACUCAGGGCGUCCCCAUGAUGGCAGCUGGAGGAGGCGAGUUUUCUUGCCAGUGCUGCAAGGGUGUUGCGCAGGUCACCAGCUGCAUUGCCGAAGUUGGCGCUGCCCAGCAAGCUUCGCCAUCCCCGUGCAUCAAGUCCUGAGGGCCCCGCGCUGCCGUGAGUCUGGAGGGCCUUCUUCCACAUCAUCUCUCCUGUUAUCCUUUCAUAUAUAACAGGAUUCGGUGGUUGAUGACAUCCUGCUAGUCCCUUCAGGUCACUCGGUGGUGGAUGUUUUUCCCUGAAUUGACUGAUCGUGUCUCUGGUGAGUGGAAGCACACCCCGUGUGGAAUUUUCUGACAAGGCUCGUGUUGCAGACGCAACGUUGCCUUGUCGCAUUUUGUCUGCAAAUUACCGGGCCCUGUCUUCUGUGGUGUUGUUUUGUUGGGGUUCGGGGAGCCUCCUGUAUGGCCCUGGCUUCUUCAAGGAGGGAAUCUAGCUCGUUAGUUUGCCACAACGCUACUGUCUUUCUUAAUUAAUGCUUCGACAUUUUUGGCUUGUUUAGCUUUUGGGUGUGCUUUUUGGAGAAAGAAAUGGUGGAGAGUGAACACAAUUUUCAGGGAUAGGGGCGCCAGUGGUGUGUUUUGGAUGUUUCUGUUACUACUACUACUACUACUACUACUACUACUACUACUACUACUACUACUACUUCUACUACUUCUACUUCCACUACUACUACUACUACUACUACUACUACUACUACUACUACUACUACUACUACAACUACUACUUCUACUACCUCUACUACUUCCACUACUUCUACAUCCACUACUACUACUACUACUACUACUACUACUACUACUACUACUACUACUACUACUACUACUACUACUACUACUACUACUACUACUACUAUUACUCAGGGUUGGCAAUGAUUAAAUCAAAUUGAUUUAAUCAAACGAUUAAAUCAUUGAUUUUUUUACCAAAAAAUCAUGAUUUUUUAAUUUUGUUUUAUUAUUUUGACUAAAAGUAUUCCAUAAGUUAAAUGAUGUGCUCCAAAGAUGGUAAAGUAAAACAACCUAUUCAUGUGCAAUUAUUCAUUUAUUCUCUUCAAGGUAUAUACCAAAAAAAAAAAAAAAAGAAUCCUACAUUAUUAUAUUUUCUUGCUCUAAUGUUGCCAACUUGCCAUAUGUUUUUUACUAGGUAAAAAAUCAGCCUCCUUUAGUCUUUACUAACUUGGCAGGCAAUGUACAUUAAUAAUAACCAAGGUUAGCAACCAAACAAUAACAGAAUAAAAGUAAAUAUUCUUCUGUUUGGUAAUAAUAUAAUAUGCUGUCACGAAAAUGACAACUUCAGGCAACUCUAUCUGUCCUAAACCUCUGGUCCUGUACCAACUACAAACAAGUAUUGAACAAGUAUACAUCUGGAUCCUUGACGGUGCUUAGACUUACAGGCCCUAAACUUAAACUUAAAGUAACCUAUGGAGACUUUCAAAUCAC